AUGAGAAAAUACGACAUGAAGGUAAACCCAGAGAAAUGUACCUUUGGUGCCACAUCAGGGAAUUUCCUUAGAUACCUAGUGACGAAGAGGGGCAUCGAGGUCGAUCCUGCUAAAAUCCAAGCAAUCGUGGAAAUGCCAUCCCCAAGAAAUUUGAAAGAAGUUCAUAAACUCAACGGAUCCGUAGCGGCACUAGGAAGAUUCAUCGCCAGGUCAUCGGACAAAUGCAAACACUUUUUCAACAUUCUCAAAAAAGGAACCAAAUUUCCAUGGACCGCAGAGUGUGAAGAAGCCUUCAAAAAGAUUAAAGAAUAUCUGGCAACGAUCUCGAUCCUCCACAAGCCUGAUCCCAAUGAGGUGUUGGCUCUUUAUAUAGCAGCUACCGAAGAUGCAGUCAGCGCAGUACUGGUCAAAAACAACACAAAGGUUGAACAACUGAUCUAUUAUGUCAGUAAGACUCUCAAUGCGUCAGAAAGGAACUACACGAAGAUUGAACAAAUCAUACUGGCAUUACUUUGGGCAACCCAGAAGUUGAGAACUUACUUCCUGACUCAUUAUGUUCGUAUACCAUGCAAAGCACCACUAGAAGUUGUUCUUAAAAAUGCCGGAAAAGUAGGAAGAAUAACAAAAUGGAACACACAAUUGGAGCAAUUCAACAUCAUCCACGAUAUCCAAACUGCACAAAAGUCAAAAGUCUUGGCAGAUUUCUUGGCAGACUUACCUUUGGAUAACGACAAAGAAGUGAAGGAUAUACCAAGAGUUGAGGAAGAUGGAAAGGAUCUGAAGGAUGUACUCGAUCCCUCAAACCAAAGAAGAUGGGAAGUCUUCGUCGAUGGAUCCAGAAAUAAGGAAGGUGCAGGCAUAGGGAUCGUAAUCACGACACCCACCGGGGACAGAAUAGUGCACGCACUAAGGUUGGAAUUUGAGCGGUACACCAACAACAUUGUGAAAUACGAAGCCCUGGUACAUGCUCUUCGAUUGAUUAUGGAAAUGGGAAUGACCGACGUACGCCUAACAAGCGACUCACAGCUGGUCAUUCGACAAAUAGAAUUGGAAUACAAUACUUAUGACGAGACUCUAUCAGCAUACAUGGCUUUAGUUCAAACUCUAGCUUCACAAAUACCAAACAUCAAAUUCCGACACCUAUGCAGGAAAGACCUACGUCAUGCCGACGCCUUGUCCUACAUAUCAUCGAUGCUGAAGGACAAGAAUGUGAAGUCCAUCAAGAUAGCAAGAGUACAUGAACCUUCGGUCAUCCCACAGCAGACCGUCUCCACGACUAAUCGUGAAGACGAUGUAGAGGAGGACAUUGCCGAAGAUGAUGUAGGGGAAAAUAUCGCCGAUGACUUCACCGAAGAUGAUAUUUUUUCAAGAGCCAACGAAGAUGAAGAUUUCAGUAACGAAGAAGACUGGAGAACCGAAGUCCAUCUUUAUCUCAAAACAGGAACGCUGCCCUCAGAUGUCAAGCAGGCUCGUAAAGUACAAUCAAAGGCAGGGAGAUAUGAGCUUCGAGAAAAAGGCCAUCGUAUCCUAAAGGACAUUCAUUACGGAGAUGCAGGCAACCACAGCGGCAUGAGAUCCUUAGCUGACAAGGACAAGAUGCAGGGGUACUACUGGCCACACAUGAUACGAGAUGCCGCACGAAUGGCUACAAGGUUCGAAGAAUGCCAACGUUUCUCCAAGAAGAUCCAUGCACCAGCGACCAAUCUCAAUUCAGUAGGAAGCCCUUGGCCUUUCGCAAAAUGGGGAAUUGACAUCGUCGGACCUUUCAUUACCGGCACAGGCAAAAGAUAA